AUGCCGAAUGAUAUCCGCCAAGACAUCACCUUCAUUGACCGGGAGUCUUUCCCCUACAUCUACGAGCAAAAUGUAACCAUUCCGUUACGUGAUGAGUCGGGCCUUAUUCGCGCGAACGUAUAUCGUCCAAAGGAUAUCGAGAAGGCGCCUGUCCUUGUCACUUAUGGGCCCUAUGGUAAGGAUAUCCAUUACAAAGACUUUCACCCUCAGUCGUACAGCGAAGUCAAUCCAGCCCACCACUCUGAACACUCAGCAUGGGAAACGCCCGAUCCCGCAUUCUGGACCAAAAACGGCUAUGUGGUUGUCCGGGCUGAUGAGCGCGGCACCGGUCAAUCCCCCGGAAAAUUAGAUACAAUGUCUCGAGGAACAAGCGAUGCAUUCUUCGACGUUGUCGAAUGGGCGGCUGAUCAACCUUGGUCCUCGGGUAAAGUCGGUCUCCUGGGAAUCAGCUACUACGCAGGAAGUCAAUGGAGGGUAGCUGCACGACAACCGAAAGGCCUAGCGUGCAUGAUACCAUGGGAGGGAAUGUCGGAUUACUACCGUGACCGCUGUAGGCACGGUGGAAUUCUAUCUAAUACCUUCAUUGACUUCUGGUGGAAUCGACAGGUUGUUUCGAAUCAGUAUGGACGCCCGGGUCGGGCAGCGAGAAAUUGGGGUCCGGAUACCAUCGAGGGUGAUCUCUCUGAAGAAGAGCUUGAGAAGAGUCGACAAGAUCAGACGAUUGAUAACGCUAAUAACUACUUCCGGGAUGAUACUUACUACGCGAGUAAAGAGUAUACGCAAAGGGAUAUUCAGGUUCCAAUGCUUUCGGUUGCUAAUUGGGGUGGCAUAUUGUUGCAUUUACGAGGCAAUAUUGAGGGCUAUACGCAAGCAGGGUCUUCUCUCAAAUAUCUGCGAUUUAUCACAGGGCGUCAUGAUUUACCAUUCUACUACGACGAAGAAGUUGAGGUUCAAAGGAGCUUCCUCGAUGCUUUUCUUAAAGGAGAAGAUCGAUCUGGCUGGUCUACAGGAGAUGCACCAAAAGUUGACUUAAUCCUCCGUAAAGGAGAUGUCGGCUUUAACAACGCAGAAGCUGAGAGGGGCUAUACUCGCCGAAGCGAGAGUGAAUGGCCUAUCGCGCGGACGCAAUAUACCCCAUUCCAUUUAUCGGCAACGAAGACUCUCACCCGUGAGAAGCCAAAGGAAUGCUAUAGCAAACUUUCUUAUCGCGCCUUGGGUACUCUCGACAACCCCGAGGUUAUCCAAUUUGUCACACCGGCAUUUGAAGAGGAAACCGAAAUUACGGGCCAUAUUGUGGCUCAUUUGCAUGUCUCGGUCACAGCAGAGUCUCACCACUCUACUCCACAAGAUAUCGAUCUUUUCCUCACGCUGCGCUAUAUAUCCCCAGAGGGUAAGGAGGUAUUCUAUACCGGCACUGCGGGUGACCCUGUGCCAUUAUGCAAAGGGUGGUUGCGUGUCAGUCUGAGAAAACUCAACAAGGAACAUCCUCGACAUCGAUCUUGGCUCCCUCAUAGAGACUACUUCUCGACGAAUGUUGAGCCUGUGAUUCCAGGCGAAAUCUAUCCUGUGGACGUGGAGAUCUGGCCUACCAAUGUGGUAGUUGAAAAAGGGGGCAAGAUUAUCUUGGAGGUUUCCUCUGGUGAUACACAGGGAUGUGGCUUAUUCAAGCAUAAUUCGCCGACUGAUAGAUCGCCCGAGAAGUUUCAAGGUCGGAAUCAUUUGCACUUUGGCGAGGAGCUUGAGAAUUAUGUGACUUUACCAAUAAUUCCACCACUAUCGACAGACCUGUGA